AUGGUUAAAUUAGAUACCCUACGACAACAGCGAAAUACGCUACAUGCUCAAAUAAAGCGUCUUCAAUUGUAUUUCAAUGAUGCAAUCAAAAUCAAUAUUUCAAGUGAGGUCGUAAGCGAAUUGCAGCUGAGGCUAGGAAAAUGUGAACCGUUAUGGGACACAUUCAAUGAAUUGCAAACUGCCAUUGAAACAGCAUGUUAUAAUGAUCCAGAGCAAAUUGAGGGUGAACUAGAGGAACGAACACAAUUCGAAUCCAAUUAUUAUUCAAUAAUUUCAAAGGUUAAAAACGCAAUAGCAAAUCACUAUAGCAAUCAGAAUGGCAAUUUAUCUCAUGUUGGUAAUUCAUCUAAUACAAACUUCGAAAAUCCAAGAUCCGUUAAACUGCCCACUAUUAAAUUGCCUACUUUUAAGGGUAAUUACGACAAUUGGUUAGAAUUUCAUGAUGCUUUCAAAUCAAUCAUUCACGAGAGUACAGAAAUAUCAGAUAUUCAAAAGUUUUUAUAUUUAAAAUCAUCUUUGGAAGGUGAGGCAUCACGUCUCAUUGAAUCAAUUGAAGUUUGUGCUAGCAAUUACAAUGUCGCUUGGAACGGAAUUUUUGAUAUUCCUAAAAUGACUAAAGAAUCACAUAGCGAGCUACGAUUACUUUUCGAUACAAUAACAAAGAAUUUGAGAACAAUGAAGGUAUUAGGUAGGCCAAGUGAAAGUUGGGACGAUAUCAUAAUCUUUUUAAUUACCUCUAAAUUAGAUCGAAUUACAUUACGUGAUUGGGAAUCCCUAAAGUAUGCUAAUGAAUUUCCAACAAUGCAAGAAAUGAAUACAUUCCUCAGCGAUAAAUGUAAACUAUUAGAAAAAAUUAAUUUGAACAAAGAAAAUCACGAGCAAAAGGUAAAUCGAGAUGUAAAUAGUAAAUUUAGUAACUUUUAUAAGGGAAAAAAUGUCUCAAAUGUGUAUGUCAGUAAUAACGCAAAACAACUUGAAUGUUUCUAUUGUAGUGGCGAUCAUGCUAUUUAUAAGUGUUCGGAAUUUUUAAAUCUUUCAUCCAGGGCAAGAAUUGCAAGUUCAAAGAAAAAAGGAUUAUGUUUAAAUUGCCUGGUCCCAUAUCACACCGUCAAGGAUUGUAAAUUAUCAUGUUGUAAAAAAUGUCAUGGAAAACACAAUACCCUUCUGCAUUUAGACAAUAAUAGCAAUCUACCUGAAGCGAGUACCUCGUCUAAUAAUGAAGACGUUACAAUUGCAAUGCAUUCUUUCCAAAACAGGUCUAAGUCAUUUGUAUUGUUAUCCACGGCUUUAGUCUUAAUUACGGAUAGCCAAGGUCGUUUACAUAAAUGCAGGGCUUUGCUUGACAAUGGGUCGCAGAGUAAUUUUAUUACAGACAAUCUAUGCAAUAAAUUAAAAUUGAUAAAGGAAAAUGUUCGUUUUGCUAUUAGUGGAGUCGGACAUUCAAUAAUACCUUUGUCCGAUCAGGUCAAUAUCACAAUUAAAUCAACGUGUACCAAUUAUUCUAAUGAGAUAAAAUGUUUAGUCAUAAAACAAAUUACAGAAAGAAUUCCUUCCUGUUCCUUUGAUAAAGCAGAUUUAAAUUUACCAGAUAGCAUUAAAUUAGCAGACGAUAAAUUCAAUGAAAGUAAUACAAUAGAUAUUUUAUUGGGAGCAUCCGUCUUUUGGGACAUCUUGAUAAAUAAACAAAUUACAUUAGGGGGCGGUAGGCCUGUACUGCAAGAUACAAAGUUUGGCUGGAUAGUCGGUGGUAAUAUGCAAUUCAAAUACGAUAAAGUUAAUGUCAAUUCUUCUCCAAUGUCCAUUACUUGUACUAGCAUUGAAAAUAAAUUAGAUGAUAUGUUGAUAAACUUUUGGAGAAUUGAAGAUGUCACUAGUAACAAUAAUAGUAUGUCCAUUGCUGAAAAAUAUUGUGAAGAUCAUUUUUUGGAAACCUAUAAACGUGAUGUGUCGGGUAAAUUCGUCGUAAGCAUUCCAUUUACAGAAAAUUUACACUUACUAGGUGACUCUAAACAAAUUGCAUUGAAUAGAUUUUUAUCAUUAGAAAAGAAAUUACGAUACCAGCCACAAUUAAAAACGGAAUACGUUAAAUUUAUGCAAGACUAUAUUAAUUUAGGGCAUAUGUCGGAAUCGGAUAGUAAUACAAUUUCAAAUACGCCUGAAUAUUAUUUACCACAUCACGCUGUAAUAAAGAACACUAGCAUUACAACAAAAGUUCGCGUGGUUUUUGACGCAUCCCAAAAAACAAGUUCAGGUUAUUCAUUAAAUGACGUGCAAUAUCCAGGCCCUAAUUUGCAAAACGAUUUAACGUCCAUUUUAAUUCGUUUUAGACAAUAUCAAUUUGUACUUGCUGCGGACAUUUCUAAGAUGUAUCGCAAUAUUUUAAUAAAUACAGAUCAAAGACGUUUCCAGAAAAUUUGGUGGAGAUCAAAUCCUGAUGAACCAUUGAGAUGUUACAAUUUAAAUACCGUUACGUAUGGAACGUCAUCUGCCCCAUUCUUAGCGAUGCGUUCAUUACAACAAAUAGCCAUUGACAAGAAAGACAAUUAUCCAACAAUUAGCAAUAUUAUACGACACGAUUUCUACAUGGAUGAUUUAUUAACAGGUGCUGAUAAUUUAAACGACUUAAUUCAAAUUCAAAACGAUAUUUUUACAAUUACGUCAGAGUACGGUUUCGAGCUACGACAAUGGCUAUCGAACAAUCAGGAUAACUAUCAACAAUUCAAAGUCAAUGAUAAGUUAGAAGCUAAUAUUUUACAAUUAGGUGAAGGCGAAAGUAGCAAGACGCUGGGCAUGCUUUGGAAUGCUCAUAGCGAUAGUAUUCAAUUUUCAAUUACUGAACAUUUUAACGAGCGAAUUACAAAACGAGCUAUUUUAUCCAUAACUUGCCAAAUCUUUGAUCCGAUGGGAUUGUUAGGACCCGUUAUAAUAAUAAAUAAAAUAAUAUUGCAAAAGUUGUGGACCUUAAAACUGGGGUGGGACGAAGAAGUACCAAGUUCAAUAGCGGCUAAAUGGAUUAAAUUGAAAUACCAAUUUCCGAUUCUAAAUACAUUAAACAUUCCAAGACUUGUUAUAGCACCCAAUUCUAUUUCUAUUGAAUUACACGGCUUUGCAGAUGCCUCAGAGCAAGCAUAUGGUGCGUGCAUUUAUGUUAGAAGUUUACAGGAGGGAGAUAUAUACCAUUGCAAUAUACUGUGCGGAAAGUCAAGAGUUGCACCAAUAAAACAAAUUUCACUACCUCGAUUAGAACUAUGUGCGGCUGUUCUAUUGACGAAACUGAUGAUAAAAGUACGUACUUCACUUCGAAUUACAAUUUCAAAAAUAUUCUAUUAUACCGACAGUUCGAUUGUGUUAGGAUGGUUAAACGGUUCUCCUAGUAGAUGGAAGACCUUUGUGGGCAAUCGUGUAAGCGAAAUUCAAAAUAAUUCAAAUGCAGGUGAUUGGUACCAUGUAAGAUCUGCCGACAAUCCUGCAGAUCUUCUUUCGCGAGGAAUAUUUCCAAAUAAUCUAAUGAAUGCUAGUAUUUGGUGGCACGGUCCAGCCUUUUUAAUAUCUUCUCAAAAUAUUCAAGACACAAGAAGCAACAAUUUAGAGAUUUCUUUACCCGAACAACGCCAUGUUAGUUGCGUAACAUUAGUCGAAGAUGAAUUCGAUAUAUUUUCAAAAUAUUCGGUUUUAAUUAAGUUACAACGUGUGAUCGCGUACUGCUACAGGUUCUGGCAUAACUCACAGUACGUAUCUAAUAAAACAUUAGGUCCUUUAACAGUUCGAGAUUUAGAAUUAGCAUUACUUAAACUAACUGUGCUAUGUCAAAAACAAUCUUUUAAGGAAGAUUACAUUAGCUUAUCGCAAAACAAGCCUUUAAGCAGAAAAAGUAGUUUACUUUCAUUAAACCCGUUCCUUGACUCCGAAGGGCUCAUUCGAGUCGGCGGUAGACUUCAAAAUUCACAAUUAGAUACUAAUCAAAAACAUCCAAUAGUUCUACCAAAAGCUCAUAAGCUAACAAGGUUGAUAAUGGAAAAGGAGCACAAGCAGCUAUUGCAUUGUGGAGCACAACAACUUUUAUUUGCAGUUAGGCAAAACUACUGGCCAAUAUCGGGUAGAAACUUAGCAAAAAAGGUGUCUCGUGAAUGUGUGAUUUGUUUUAAGCACAAUCCUAAACCAUGUCAAACUAUAAUGGGUAAUUUACCGGAUACUAGAGUCAGACAAUUUGCGCCGUUUUACAAUACAGGCGUGGACUAUGCAGGUCCUUUUCAAAUGAAAGAUAAAAAAACCAGAGGUUGCAAAAUAGUGAAAUGUUAUAUUUGUAUAUUUGUUUGUCUUUGCACAAAAGCAAUACACCUUGAUGUCGUGUCGGAUCUCUCUAGCGAAACCUUCCUAAAUUGCUUGAAAAGGUUUAUUUCGCGCAGAGGAAAACCUUUAAAUAUGUUCUCGGAUAACGGGACAAAUUUCGUAGGUGCGAAUAAAAUUUUAAAAGAGUUUUUACAAUCAAUCUCAACAUCAAUCAUUAAUACAAUGGCUAAUGAAUCAAUCAAUUGGCAUUUUAUUCCACCGCGCUCCCCUCAUUUUGGCGGUCUGUGGGAGGCGGGAGUAAAAAGCAUGAAGUACCAUUUAAGACGCAUUCUAGGGGAAACGUUGCUAAUACACGAACAAUUUUACACCGUUUUGACAAAAAUAGAGGCAAUUUUAAAUUCACGCCCAUUAGGUCCCUUGUCCAGCGAUCCCAAUGAUCCUACACCUUUGACACCUAGCCAUUUCCUUAUUGGAAGGACAAUGACCGCUGUACCAGAGCCGAGUCUAGAUGGUAUUGCAAUCAACCGACUCAACCAGUAUCAGUUCCUCCAAUCGCUGACUCAACAUUUUUGGCAACGUUGGCAUAAAGAGUACCUUAACCAACUACAAACACGAAAGAAGUGGAAGACAAAAAAUGAAGAGGUCAAGAUAGGUGAUCUCGUCAUCGUCAGGGGCGAAAACUCUUAUUCGUUCCAAUGGCCUCUCGCACGAGUAGUGGAUCUCCAUAAAGGAAGUGAUGGAGUUGUAAGAGUGGUUUCAGUGAAAUUACACAACAAUGUGGUGAAACGUGCAAUCACAAAAAUUAGUGUUUUACCAUUGUAA